GGGGGGGUUGGUUGGCUACUCUGCAGAGGAGUUCUGCUGACUGCAGUAGAGAGGGACUACCUCAGUGCGUCAGCACUCUGAAAUGAAUGAAGAAAAAACCCCCGAAUCAAUCAGAGUGACUGCAGAGAGAGAAGAGUCUACACACUUUCUCUGAUCUUUUGGCGUAGCUGUCUUCACAUGCACUAGUGAGCACUCCGUAAAAUGUGAAGAUUCCCCCGAUCCCCCCGGUGCUAUAAAUCAAGAUGACCUUCCUGCUCCUCUUCCUCUUGGUUCUGUCUGAGAGCAGAGCUGACAACUUUGAGGAGGCGUACAGCGACCUGGAAACCUACAGGACCAUUUAUAUCUCAGAAAACGGCCCCCGACUCUCAGUCGACACAGCACAACCCAAAGUGAUCUCUCAGCGCGGAGGCAACGCCACACUGCCAUGCAAGUUCAAUCGGGAUUCCUCGCUUCCCCCAAAUCCCAAGCUGAGGAUUAAAUGGACUAAACUGACCUCAGACUACCUGAAGGAAAUUGAUGUGUUUGUGGCGAUGGGCUUCCACAAAAAGAGCUACGGUCGAUUCCACGGCCGCGUUCACCUUCAGGCUGCCAGCGAGAGCGACGCCACACUGGUCAUCACAGAGAUCACCCUGGAGGAUUACGGGAAAUACAAGUGUGAAGUCAUCGAUGGCUUGGAGGACGAUACGGCAGUGGUUUCUCUUGACCUACAAGGUAUCGUUUUUCCAUAUUUCCCAAGACUGGGUCGAUACAACCUGAACUUCCUUGAGGCUGAAAAAGCUUGCCGAGACCAAGACGCCAUUGUGGCAUCCUUUGAGCAGCUGUACGACGCCUGGAGAGACGGUUUGGAUUGGUGCAAUGCAGGCUGGCUCAGUGACGGAUCAGUACAAUACCCCAUCACCAAACCCAGAGAGCCAUGUGGAGGCAAAAACACCAUUCCCGGAGUCAGGAACUAUGGGAUACGAGACAAGCAAAAAGAACAAUACGAUGUCUUCUGUUUCACCUCCAACUACAAAGGACGUUUUUAUUAUUUGAUACACUCGUCCAAGCUUACAUAUGACGAGGCGGUGCAAGCAUGCCAAAAGGAUGGAGCUCAAAUCGCCAAAGUUGGGCAAAUGUACGCAGCAUGGAAGCUUCUGGGCUACGAUCGAUGCGACGCCGGCUGGUUGGCGGACGGUAGCGUACGGUAUCCAAUCUCCAAACCCCGCAGACGCUGCAGUCCCACAGAGGCCGCCGUACGCUUCUCCGGAUUCCCAGACAAGAAGCACAAACUCUACGGCGUCUACUGCUACAAGAGCAACAACUGAGUUCGCAAAAUGUGUAUAACUCACGAACUAAGUGUAACAAUGUAAGGAGUUAGAGUGCAUUAAAACUGUGACAAAGUCUCUA